CUUCUGAUCAAUGGCGUCUGUUCGAGAACUCGAUUCACUUCCAGGUUUCUCCACGCCCAGAAAGAACAAGAAAACAGCUGUUGAAUGUUUUACCGAUGCCGAUGACGAUGACGACUCACCUUUAAGACCCAUCUUCUGUUUAAAGAGAAAAUCCGCCAUUAAAGAGUUUGAAGAGAAAGAAGAUUGCUUCAUCCUCGAUUUUGAUCCAGAAGAAGAUUCUUUUGAUCUCUCCAAGAUCUCCCCCGAAAAGGGUCAACACAACAACCCCCAAGAUUCUCCAGACAUUUCCUUACUCGCUGAAAGAGGACAGGUUGCUUGCAGAGAUUAUCCCCAUUCUAGACAUUUAUGUGUAAAUAAUCCAUUCGAGAAUACACCCCAUGAAAGCUACUGUAAAUUGUGCUAUUGCUAUGUGUGUGAUGUUGCUGCACCUUGCAAAUCAUGGUCUGGAGUGGGUGGCCAUUGUCAUGCAAUUGAUACUGAAGGUUGGAAUUUUGUGAGGAAUUGUGUAAAAAAGGGCAUAACUUCAUGAAGGAUAUACCAAUGAUUCCAAAUGCUGUUCUCUUCUUGAGGUUUUUGUGCAACUUUUAUAUGCUUAAUGGUCACUCAAAUCCCAGUGUUGCUUAAUGGCUUAUAGAUGGUGUAAAAAGGUUUACAAUUUGGGUAUUUGCAGUUAUGGUCAAAUAUUGGUUGUUUUAUUUGUGGGGCACUUUGUGCUUACUAUAUUUUUGUAGUG